AUGGAGGUCAUGUUUGAGAGCCACAAAGCAAAAUUAUCACCUGAGGAAGCAGAAUUUAAAAAUGAAGGCGUCCCUCCACCUCCACAGCCCCAGGCAUCUACAGGCCAGGGUGAAAAGAAAAGUAAAGAUGGGCCACAGAAAGCUGAGGCUGGUAAGAAUGGAGGACCAGCACCAAAACAACAAGAUACAGUUCCCAAAAAACCGCCUGAGCCCUCAGUACCUGAAAAAUCAACUGAACCAGCUAAGACGACUCAACAGGAACAGGGUCAGCUCAGUGAUGGGAAAGAAGAUGCCAACACACCAAAGGCAAGACCUGAAGGUUUCAAAACAAAUGAGUAUGCUGAUGGCCAGCUUCAAGAAAUUGUCAGAAAAAUGCGGGAAAGGACAACAGUUUACAAAGAAAAGCUGAAAGAUCCAGUGCUGUCCUCACCUGAAAGCAGUCCUACAGCUUCACCAUCAAAAAAGAAGCCUCCACCCCCAGCAAAAGAAGAAAAAAAAGAAGAAAAGAAGGAGGAAGCAGAAGCAAAGCCAGAGGAGGAUCAUUACUGUGACAUGCUGUGCUGUAAAUUCAAAAAACCUCCAGUGAAAAAAUACAUGGCAUAUCUGCAGCUGCCAGACAGCAUAGACUCAUACACAGAUCGUCGUUAUGUAGCGUGGCUCAUGCUUGUAACAAUCGCCUAUAACUGGAACUGCUGGUUUAUUCCCCUGCGCUUUGUGUUUCCAUAUCAAACCCCAAGUAAUACAAAAUAUUGGCUUGUCAUAGACAUCAUUUGUGAUAUCUGCUACCUGUGCGACCUGCUGAUUUUCCAGCCCCGAGUGCAAUUUUUAAAAGGUGGAGAUAUAAUAUCAGACAAAAUGGAAAUGAAGAAAUUCUAUCACAGCUCUAUGAAGUUUCGGCUUGAUGUGAUAUCAGUAUUGCCAUUUGAAGUUCUGUACUUCUUCUUUGGAAUAAACCCAGCAUUUAGAGUAAAUAGGAUGCUGAAGCAUAACUCAUUCUUUGAGUUUAACGAUCGGUUGGAAGCUAUCCUGGAUAAAGCAUACAUCUACAGGGUCAUUCGAACAACUGGAUACUUAUUGUUUAUCUUGCACCUGAACGCAUGCCUGUAUUAUUGGGCUUCGGACUAUGAAGGACUUGGCAGCACUAGAUGGGUAUACGAUGGCAAAGGAAACAUGUAUCUGAGGUGUUACUACUGGGCAGUUCGUACUUUAAUCACCAUCGGCGGCCUUCCAGAACCACAAACCCUGUUUGAGAUAGUUUUUCAACUGCUGAAUUUUUUCUUGGGUGUCUUCGUCUUCUCCAGCUUAAUUGGUCAGAUGCGAGAUGUAAUUGGAGCAGCUACAGCAGGACAGAACUACUAUCGCUCCUGUAUGGACAACACAGUCUCCUACAUGAACACUUAUUCAAUUCCAAAAGUGGUUCAAAAUCGUGUUCGAACCUGGUAUGAAUACACAUGGGACUCGCAAGGAAUGCUGGAUGAAUCAGAAUUAUUGGAGCAGAUGCCAACCAAAAUGCAGCUAGCCAUUGCAAUUGAUGUGAACUUUGCCAUUGUCAAUAAAGUUGACUUAUUCAAAGGGUGUGAUACUCAGAUGAUAUAUGACAUGCUGCUACGGCUGAAAUCCAUUGUGUAUUUACCUGGUGACUUUGUCUGCAAAAAGGGAGAGAUUGGCAGAGAGAUGUACAUCAUCAAACAAGGAGAAGUACAAGUUCUUGGAGGCCCUGAUGGUAAAAAAGUCCUGGUUACAUUAAGAGCAGGAGCUGUAUUUGGGGAAAUCAGCCUAUUAGCAGCAGGUGGAGGAAAUCGGAGGACUGCCAACGUGGUGGCUCAUGGUUUUGCCAACCUUUUCAUUUUAGACAAGAAGACCCUCAAUGAAAUUUUGGUGCAUUAUCCUGACUCAGAAAAGAUUCUGAUGAAGAAAGCAAAGUAUGUCCUAAUAAUAAUUUUUAAAUCAUAUUGUUUAGCUGUGGAAUGAACAGUUGUGGCUUCUAGAUAGAUUUGCACUAAUUUCCUGGAAGAUUAACAAAUAUAAACACAUUUGUAUUUAGAUGUCAAAUUUUUAUGGUAGCAUUUAGUGGAAGCCAUGGUCUUGGCAGGGAUGCCAAGCUGUGGAGUGUGGUAAAUAAAAUGAAGUUCCGAAUGCAGUUGCCUUCUCCCUUAUAAAUAAGGCAAUGAAACACAUAGGAGAUACAGAUGAUAACAGGACUCUUUAUAUACCCAAGAAAGAUAGAAAUUGCAAGAUAGAUGUCAGUCAAAGAGCAGGGCUUCAAAGAUGCAACUGAGAACUUGCAAUUAACUCUAAAGACAUAAGUAUUAAUAGACACAGACUUGAAUGCAUUUCCAAAAUCUUAAAGAGUAGAUAGGGAUAGAUUUGAAGUAAAGGCUGACAAGAUCAGAGAUAUGUACACAGAUCUGAGAGGUGUGCAUUUUGUGCAAAGGGCUUCUGAAACAGGAUUUCAAGUUGAAACUGUUUUUUACCUUGCUUUGGCUGUAGCUUGCUAGGGUGAGUUUCCCCUGGCUUUGCAAGGAAAAAAUAUCAUCAGAUUUUGUCACAACAAAAUCAUGAAAAUGAGUACCUUGCCACCUUCUAAAUCGAAAAGGUCCAAACAUAGGAAACAGUUUUUCAUUAUUAGCAUCCUUUGGCACUCUGCUGUUCUGAGCUGUUUCCUUACAUUGAUAUCAAAAGGUGGAGGACGUCCCAGAUCUGAAAUUCCACCAGAGGAGACAAAACAGUACAGGAAUGACAUUUUGUUUAGUGAAAGUGCCAGCAAACAGUUGCAUUUAGCAUAUUUCAAAAAUCCUGCUUAUCAAAUAGAAGUGUCUUAAGAAUCAUCACUUUCCUGAGGAGCAAGAAAUGCAGACACAGAAUGGGCUUAUUGCCACCUGAAAGUGCCUCCUCUGUAAGGUGUUUCCCAAAACAGUCUGUUGGACUCUUGCCAAUGGCACUUCCUGUUCGUGGUAUAAAGAGAGAAAGGAAACUGAAUCCACGACAAUAUAAAGAAGCCUAAAAACCAAAAACAUUGAGCAGCUUAGAUUCUAGGUGAAGGCAAGCAGAGCCAUGCAUGUCAGCCAGUCACUGGGAGCCUGUGACAUCAAAAAAUGUCAGGAAAAGCUCGUCUCUCGACUGUACUAGUUCCCAGAUAAACUGAAGACCAGGAGCAUAUAUACACCAGACUCAGUGAUGGACUCUUGAAUGAGACAGGAAGGCUGAUGCCCAUGGCACCAAACAGGGAAGUAGGAAAUACACAGAUCUUGCCCAUUUGGUAAGUGUUUUCACACUAGCGGUCUUCAGAGAGGCUGAUUUUCAAAACCAGCAUCAGCUGGUGGGAAGGUAGAACAAACCCACUGACAGAUGGUCCCCAGCAACUAUUCUUCCUACCUUGUCUCCAGCUUCUUUCUAAAUAGUUGUAUGACCAUCACUACUUGUUAUUUCAGCUUCUCUGUCUCACACCACUUUCUCCUGUUUCCUAGCCCUCCCCCAUCUCAUCCUGCCUAGCCAUUAAAUUCUAGAUAGUCUUUCUCAACUGCAGGAGCUUAAACAUUAGCCAUCCUCCACAUAUACAGUCACAUCUGGGCCCAAAGCCCUUUCUAGGUAUCAGCCUUACAGCCUCUGUGUAAUUUACAAAAUAUGCAAUAUUUUGUUUAAGCACAGUAUCCUGGGCUGGAGGCUGUGUUCUCUGCUCACCUGUCUGGGCAUCCGCUAAUCAAUCCAACAGCUCCCAUGUUCUGUGUAUGACAGUCACAUGUCCUGAAACACUAGACACAAAUAGGAGGUUUGUGCACUAUUUUGAUAGUGAUUUGCAGUUAUGUUCAAUUUUGGAAUCACAUCAUUAGUUGCUCUGUCCUGAAAGGUUUACAGUGAAGAUCUCUGUGGAAUUACAUUGGCCAUCCCACACCUGUAAAAGACCUCUUGGAAUAAACUACCUGAUAUAACUCAAAGGAGUUAUUCAAGUCACAGAUUUGUUCUAUUAUCACCUACCUGAUAUUCACUCUACAGUGCUUAAUCCUUGGUGCUUAAUUACUAUGUAUGGUAAUUAAUCCAUGGAAGCUACUAAAGUGUACCUUUUUAAUUUAUGGCAACAAAACUAAAAAGGAAAAAAAAAAGUAUAAUCUUCGCUAAUGAAAUUGCCCAAGUUGCAAAGUGCAAAACACUGGAAAAAAGUAGCAGUACUACGGGAUUUAUUGUAUUUUAGGCUGCCAGAAUAGUACUGACUCCCAAAAACAUAUGGGUCAGGACUUUUGCAAGGAUAAAGAAGUUGUCGUGGAAACUCUAUCGUAACCUAACAGAAACUGAAAGCAUGGGAAUCGGACGCUUUUCACUGGUUCUAUCUGUCUUGAAACCCUCAUCUAAUCAUCAUUCUUUACUUGUUGCUCUAAUGACUGCAAAUCAGGACUGCAACAGAAGGAUAUGAAAACCAUGACUGGCUCCAUGACUGGUAGCACUAGUAGUUUCAAUAUCUGAAAGGUAAUUUACUGAGGAAGACCAAAAUAAGUGCCACCGUCUAACUGGAGCUGAGAGUUGAGCCAUGCUGAAAGUGAGUGAACUGUUACUUCCACAAGCAUCAGCUCGACUCCAAAUAGAGCAGUAAACACGCUCUGAAUUUGCAUCCAGAAGGCCAGACAGGAGAGAUGUACCCCAGACACAAGGCAUCCAUCCCUUCCUCCACCCGCAACUAUUUUACACCUUACCUGCUUUAUGGUACUUUGAGUCUGCUCUUGUUUAUUCUACAGGAUAUAGGUAAGAAAUUCCAGAUUAGACUAGAGCAGCAGCCUCUAAUUUACUAUAAGUUCUACCAGAGUAGAGUACCAGGGUAAAAACCUUACCCUUUCCAGCUUGUUAUUGGCUACUGGAACUGGAAUAAAAAAUUGGCUAGAAAAAUUGUUAGAACUGCAUCCCUGAAUUUAAGUUUUGCGUGAACUUUUCUGGGUUUCACUGCACUGCUUUAUGCUCUCUUUCUUUCCUGUCUCCAGGGUGCUGCUGAAGGAGAAGGGGAAACCCGCGCCUGGACCGCCAGUGCCCCAGCCCCGGG